AUUUUACAGACUCAAUCCUCAAGUCUCUCCCUCUCUCUCAUCUUCAACCUCUCCGAUCAUCAAUGGCAGCGACUAUGGCGACAUCAACCAAAUGCAUGUCCCUAAACCCAUCUCCUCCUAAGCCCCUAAACCAAACCAAACCCACCUCCUCCUCAAAACACUUCAUCACCCUCCCAACUCCACCAAAACCCACCGUCUCUCUCGCCGUCACAAGCACCGCCCUAGCCGGAGCCGUCUUCUCCGCCCUCAGCUACUCCGAACCCGCUCUCGCCGCUCACCAGAUCUCCCAGCUCGCCGCCGCCGCCGUGUCGGAAGGCAGCGACAACCGCGGCCUAGCUCUUCUCCUCCCCAUCGUCCCGGCGAUCGGGUGGGUCCUCUUCAACAUCCUCCAGCCAGCUCUCAACCAGAUCAACAAGAUGCGCGCGAGCAAAGGAGUCGUCGUGGGUCUCGGCGGCAUCGGUGGUGGUCUCGCCGCGUCAGGGCUCUUGACGCCUCCGCCGGAGGCAGUAGCUGCGGCGGAAGCGGCGGAGAGAGCGGGAGACAACAGGGGACAGUUGUUGUUGUUCGUGGUUGCACCGGCGCUGCUUUGGGUUCUUUACAAUAUAUUGCAGCCGGCUUUGAACCAGCUCAACAAAAUGAGGUCUCAGUGAAAAUCUUUAUAAUAUAUAUAAAUAUUAAUCAUCGUUGGGCUUUAAACCUUUGUUUUAUGUUAAGUUUUAGACAAUUAUCCUUGUUAUAUAUCUCGCUUACUAUAUACUCAAUUUAACCCUUGAAAUGGUUUUCUUGUUUCAAAAA